GGUGCCGUGGGCGUGUUUUUACCGGAUAAAGAGGAGCGGAGCGAUCGCCGCUCGCUGCAGUGUGAGUGUGCGUUUAACUGUUCCUGUCACAGACGUGUGUGUGUGUGUGUGUGUGUGUGUGUGUGUGAGAGAGAGAGAGAGAUGGUGAUGGAGAAGCCGAGUCCCCUGCUCGUAGGACGUGAGUUUGUGCGGCAGUACUACACGCUCCUGAACAAAGCUCCGGAUUACCUGCACAGGUUUUACGGCCGGAGCUCCUCGUAUGUUCACGGCGGUCAGGACAGCAGUGGGAAGCCGGAGGAGGACGUGUUCGGUCAGGCGGAGAUCCAUAAGAAGGUGAUGUCACUGCAGUUCAGCGAGUGUCACACUAAGAUAAGGCACGUGGAUGCCCAUGCGACACUGGGGGACGGGGUGGUGGUGCAGGUGAUGGGCGAGCUGUCCAACAGCGGCCAGCCCAUGAGGAGGUUCAUGCAGACCUUCAUCCUUGCUCCGGAGGGCUCUGCUGUCAAUAAGUUCUAUGUGCACAAUGACAUCUUCCGCUAUGAAGAGGAGGUGUUUGGAGACUCUGAGGCUGAGAUGGGAGAGUCUGAGGAAGAGGAGGUUGAGGAAGAGCAGGUGGAGACUCCCGCUUCCCCUGACCUGGUUCCGGACCGGCCCAACAGCAGCACCUACUACGAGCCGCCGGCGCCCGUCAGCAAUGGAGUCGAGGAGCAGCAGGAGGUGGUGGUGCCUGAGGCGGAGCCAGAGCCCCAGCCUGAGCCCAAUCAGGAAACAGAGGCGGAGCUUAACCUGGGAGCAGAGCUGCAGACGGCUGAGACGGAGCUGGAGGAGGAGGAACUGCUGGAGGAGGAGAGAGGCUCCACCCCUGGCAUCGCUCUGACUCCGCCCCCUCUUACCCCAGAACCACCCAAGGCGUUCUCCUGGGCUCUGGUGACCAGUAAGAAUCUUCCUCCGGCCGGCGCUGGAGUCUCUCCUCUUGUGUUGAAAGCAGCUGGUGUUCAGCCGCGGGUGGAGCUCAAACAGGACACUCAGUCAUCAUUACCCAGAGAUCAGCAGCGCGACAGACCAGGCUUUCAUCCACGAGGACCACGAGGAGACGGCAGCGGCUCAGACACUCCGGGUGGGAAACAGUACGUCAGUUUUAAGGGCCGCGGUGACGGUGAUGCCGGUGAUAUGGAGGGCCGCCGGUUUGUUCGUUAUCCAGACAGUCAUCAGCUCUUCGUUGGAAAUCUUCCUCACGACAUUGAUGAGGGCGAGCUGAAAGACUUCUUCAUGACGUUUGGGAACGUGGUGGAGAUGAGGAUCAACACCAAAGGCGUCGGAGGGAAACUGCCCAACUUCGGUUUUGUGGUGUUCGACGACUCCGAGCCGGUGCAGAGGAUUCUGGGAGCUAAGCCCAUCAUGUUCAGCGGGGAGGUGCGUCUGAAUGUGGAGGAGAAGAAGACCAGAGCGGCGCGUGAGCGGGAGACCAGAGGAGUGGCGGAGGGCCGGCGCGGGCCCCGGGGCCCCCUGGGAAACAGCACGGGCCGAGCCUCCUCCAGGGGGGGGAUGAGCCGCUUCACAGGCCCUCGCCGCUGACCCUCCUCUGUUCCUGCUGUCCUCUGUCUCGGGUCUCUCUUGCUUUCGGACAAGACUCAUCAAUGACUCUCAGACUCCCCUGCGCCGAGAUCAUCUGCGCUUACCUUUCCCUUACUCUCCUCACCAUUUUGCAAAGAAGAACGGGACAGUGUGAUCUUUUUUUCCUGUAGAACAGAAGCUGAAUGUCACGAAGGGUUUCCUCACGGAACUGAUUCCUCACGUUUUACAACGGAUGAGCGGCAGCGCUUCGCCCAUCAGUGCUCAGUGUACACUUAUUUAUUUUCCUAGUAAAUAAAACAGUGGUGGUGCCUUAACUCGAUUCUUGUGUGUGUGUGUAGCAGCGGUGUCACAGGUUCUGAUCCGGAUGCUCCAGGUGUGAGCUGGUCUGGUUCUGGUUUCUUUGUUCUGGAUCGUGCAGCUCUUUGCAUUGAUUUCUGCAGUGUUUCUCACCACACUGUGCACUGCGUCUGGUUCUGGGUUCAGACUGGACUUCAGCAGGUUUUUGUUUGAAUGUGUUUUCAACUUUCAAUAAACUACUGCAACCUCA